UAUUACACACAUAUUUACACGUAAGAGAUAAUUAGUUCCAUGGUCAUCGUUAAAUUAGUCUGCCGAUAAUCUAAUUUAAAAUGGGGUGGUUUUUAACCCGGACCCAUUUGCCAUCACUCUCCAUAAAUCCUACCCGUCCAUCUAAUCAAGCGUAGAUCUAACGGUGAAUAUAAAACCAAAGGUUAAUUCCCUCCCUAUAUAAAUUAGAAAAUUGAUCCUGAAGCAUGUACCGUACACACAUCCCCAUACGAACACUCACAAUCGUUAAAAAGAGAGAGAAAGCUUAAAUCGGAAAAAAUGGUUUCGUGGAUGAUGACAGUCAAGGCGGUGCUAAUCUCAAGCGGCGUCGCAACCAUGGCUCUGUUACUUAAACUCUCUGUUCCGGUAGCUGUUGAUUUCUCCGUGUCGCGAGUUCCGACCUUUUGGAGUUCCUUGUUGUCAUGGCUAAAACCGCCGUAUCUUUACGUUGUUACCAACGGAAUUAUCAUCACUAUCGUCGCUUCUUCUAAGUAUUACCGACGCCACCAUGACCGUGAUGAAGAAGAUGAGAUCGUUGUAUACGGUGGUGGAGGUUAUAAGAUCCAUACGGAGGAUUCGAUUGUGAAUCAACAUCAAGCUUCUCCGCGGAUUCUGGAGGUUAAGGAUUUAGAUACUGGUGCGCAUUUUGGUUUCGUUGUGGCGAAUCCGGAGGCGGAGGAAUUGGAAUCAGAGGCGGUUACGGCGGUUGUGUAUGAUGAUGAGGAGGAGAAGAUAACAGAUACGGUAGCGACGGCGGAGGAAGAUGAAAUUGAAGAGGAGCUUAAGAGUGUGAUUAUGGUGGAGAAUUCAGAUCUGGUUGAAUCCGAUGUCAUAUCUUCGCCAAUUUCAGAUCGGAAUAAUCUGCCGCCGAUGAUGAUUGAGUCAGAGAAUCUUCCUCCGAUUGAGAAGCCUCUUGUUACUUCAAGGUUCGGUCACCGGAAACUGAUGAAAGCAAGUCAAGAAGGUGGAAGAGCUUUGAGAGUGACGAAGCCGAAGAAGAACGAGACAUUGGAGAAUACGUGGAAGAUGAUUACGGAAGGGAAGUCAACGCCGUUGAAUAGACAGUUAUACCGGAGAUCUGAUACGUUUGGUCGUGGUGAUUCCGGCGGAGUUGACGGCGAGGUGAAACCGGUUUACAAGAAAUCGGAUACGUUUAGGGACAGGACUAAUUAUUAUCAGUUGGCGGAGACGGCGAAGGUGAGGAAAGAGCCGUCGCUGAGUCAGGACGAGUUGAAUCGGCGAGUGGAAGCGUUUAUAAAGAAGUUUAAUGAGGAGAUGAAGUUGCAGAGGAUGGAGUCGCUGAGACAGUACAAAGAGAUAACUAGCCGUGGGGUUUAGUUUUUUUUUUCUCGUUAAAAUUUUUUCAUUGGCUUUUUUUAUAGAGAAAAAAAUUAAAAAAAACAAGAUUAGUCACAGUGGAUUUAACUUAAAAAGAAAAAGAAAAAAAAUCUGUUUUAUUAAUUUGUGAAGCUUGAAGGGGGGUUUUUUUUUUGUUAACGCUUUGAAGUACAUAGGUUUUUUUUUUCUUUGUUGUUGUGUGUAUAAUUUUACUCAGAUAUAGUUUGGUUUGUACAUAUUAAUGUGUUGGUUUUACAAGAAAAAAUUAGAUAUAGUAAAUGAAUAUAUACACUUGUGGUUGUUGUAUAAUGCCAAACCAAGUAUUGAUAUGAUUGUUCAAAUUUAAUAGUUUACUCUA